UAGCCACCAGCACCUCCCGACCUCACUAGGGACAAGGGUGUAUAGAAAAUGGAUGGAUGAAAUCCGCUUAUAUGUCAUAUAAACACAUUUCUAUGACUUAAGUCAUAUACAAUUCAGAACUAUUAACCCUCAGUUGUCUCGCUCUUUCAACUUAUGUCGAGCUCUGAUAUCUAAUAAUUGCUGCGUCCACCAGGUGGCGCUUCAAGUCAAUAUAAGGGAUUGUUGGAUGUACUGUAUUACGUAAUAGCUGAUCAGUUAAUAUUAGGAUUUAACUAACAAUAAAAACAAUACAACUAGCAACUAUCAAAACGGCUCUGAGGGCGUAUUAACAUAGAGACGAAUGAUUUUUAAAUUUUAAAUAAAUUACAGAUUUGCUGGGUUUUUUUUAUUUUUUACUUUGUUAUAAAAUAAAAUCCGCAUUGUUCCAGAGAGACAGCCUGGUUAUGUAACAGAAUCAUAAUUAAUAGUGUAAGCACACGAGGGACUCCUGCUGUGGAGGGGUGUGUGUGUCUGCGGUGGUUAUGUCGGUGCUUCCAGCAUCCCGGACCGGGCUCGGUGCCAGGGGGAUGCGGGAUGAUGCUGGAGGCGGGAGGAGGGAGGAGGGAGGUUGGUACAGAUGCCCUGUGAGUUUUACAUAACAGCAGCUGGCUCACACGUCAAAUGAGUGACAAACCGCUGGCCGCAGCACAACAGACAGCGUCCCUCCUGCCGCGUGCCGCAGUGCCCGGAGUCCAGCCGAGAGAGGAGAGAGAGCGCGCGCUCCUGACUGUGCGUCACGUGAAGGAUACAGUUGGAAGAGUGGCACGUUUGUUUACCAGCCAUACCUGUCGUCGUCCGGUUGGCACUGUUGCCGUUUGCGUGCGUGCGUGUGUGUGUGUGUGUGUGUGUGUGAAGAGAGAUGGAGGGCCGGAGGGAGGCGGAGCCGCUCGGACAUGAGUAAAUGACGUCAGCUCCCAGGUCUCCGAGCAGAGAAACAAACAUGGCGACAGAAUGGAGCGGGCAGCAGGGUUACGUUCUCACCGUCAUUAUCUGCCUGUGGAGCGCGGUCGGCGGCCGGACAGAGACUGCGGCGGCGGCUGGUUCCGCCCGGGUCAGCGGCGCGAGCCAGGUCCUCGGCAUGCGGCUCGAGCGAAGCGACAAGCCGUCCAGCACCAAUGACGACGGUGUCAUCCAGGUGACCGAGGAGAGCACCGUGCAGCUCCGGUUUUACGGGGUGCAGCUCCACUCGGGUGCCUGGACGCAGAUCCGCUUCACGGAGCUAGCGGACGGCGGCGGAGGAGGAGGCGGGGACGAGGAGGAGGAUGAGCAGGAGGAGGCGGUCGCGGCGGCCAGGGGAGGCAGCGGUAUGAUGGACACGCCGGAUAGGACUUGUGUCGACUUCACGAAGGACAUCAUAGUCGGGAGCUACAUGAACGUGAGCAACCGGGGGACCUCUGGGGUGCUCAGCGUGCAAGUUAAGCCGCUGCGCAAAAGCGAGCCGCAGAAGGAGUACGCUUUGUGCACGCUGAGCGAGGAUGGCACCAGGUGGGUUCUGCUGGGGGAGAGUGACGGCAGGGUGCUGGUGGUGGAGGAGAAGAAGUCGCUGCUGCCCAUGUGGCUGCAGGUCAUCCUCAUCUGCUGCCUGCUGGUGCUGUCCGGGAUGUUCAGCGGCUUGAACCUCGGCCUCAUGGCGCUGGACCCCAUGGAGCUGCGUAUCGUCCAGAGCUGCGGCACCGACAAGGAGAAGAAGUACGCCCGGAAGAUCGAGCCCAUCCGGAGCAAGGGGAACUACCUGCUGUGUUCCCUCCUGCUGGGCAACGUGCUGGUGAACACCACCCUCACCAUCCUGCUGGAUGACCUGAUCGGCUCCGGCCUGGGUGCGGUGGUGGCCUCCACCAUUGGCAUCGUCAUCUUCGGGGAGAUCGUCCCCCAGGCGCUGUGCUCUCGCCACGGGCUGGCCGUGGGAGCCAACACCAUCAUGGUCACCAAGUUCUUCAUGCUCCUCACAUUCCCGCUCUCCUUCCCGGUCAGCAAGCUGCUGGACUACCUGCUGGGCCAGGAGAUCGGCACAGUGUACAACCGAGAGAAGCUGGUGGGGAUGCUGAAGGUGACGGAGCCCUACAACGACCUGGACAAGGAGGAGCUGAACAUGAUCCAGGGAGCACUGGAGCUCCGGACCAAAACGGUGGAGGACGUGAUGACGCCCCUGGCGAACUGCUUCAUGAUCCAGGCGGACGCCGUGCUGGACUUCAACACCAUGUCGGAGAUCAUGGAGAGCGGCUACACGCGCAUCCCGGUGUACGACGAGGAGAGGUCCAACAUCGUGGACAUCCUGUACGUCAAGGACCUGGCGUUCGUGGAUCCGGACGACUGCUCCAACCUGAAGACCAUCACCAAGUUCUACAACCACCCGGUGCACUUCGUGUUUCACGACACGAAGCUGGACGCCAUGCUGGAGGAGUUUAAGAAAGGUAAAUCCCACCUGGCCAUCGUCCAGAAGGUGAACAACGAGGGCGAGGGCGACCCGUUCUACGAGGUUCUGGGUCUGGUCACCCUGGAGGACGUCAUCGAGGAGAUCAUCAAGUCUGAGAUCCUGGACGAGUCCGACCUCUACACUGACAACAGGAACAAGAAGAAGGUGGAUCCUCACAAGAACAAGCCGGACUUCUCCGCCUUCAAGCAGGACGGCGACAGCAAAGUGAAGAUCACUCCCCAGCUCAUGCUGGCUGCUCAUCGUUUCUUAGCCACAGAGGUGAACUUGUUCAGCCCGUUCCAGAUCACAGAGCGGGUCCUGCUGAGGAUCCUCAGGCACCCAGAAGUCAUCCAGGAGCUCAAGUUCAACGAAAACGACAAACGGUCGCCUCUGCACUUCCUCUACCAGAAGGGAAAACCUGUUGACUACUUUGUACUCAUCCUGCAGGGACGGGUGGAGGUGGAAGCUGGAAACGAGAACAUGAAGUUCGAAUCCGGCCCGUUCUCUUACUAUGGAGUCAUGGCUCUGAGCACGCCAUCGCUGGCUGUCACCCCUCCUCUCUCCCCAUCAGUGGCGUCCCCCCCUCCACGACGCCUCUCUCUUAAGAGGUUUUCUGUGUUCUCUCGUUUCCCAGAGUUUCGUUCUCCGUCGCAUGCGGGCCACCUGAACCGCUCAGCCUCUCUGAGCUGCACCGAGCGCGCUCAAGAGGGCGGCUCCAUCGGCGGAAGCAACACUCAGAUCCCAGGAACCCCUUUCCAAUACAUCCCAGACUUCAGCGUUCGAGCUCUGGCCGAUCUUCAGUAUGUCAAGGUCACCCGCGCUCACUACCAGAAUGCUUUGCUGGCAUCCCGCUUGGACAGCACACCUCAAUCUCCGGAGGGCAGCCACGCCCGCCUGGACAUCUCCAUCUCUCUGCCGCCCCUGACGCCCCCGGAAACCAAAACGCCGCUGGCGCUGGCCACGCCUCCCGUGAAACACCCGCCGUACAACACUCAGCCUGCCUCCCAGAGCGCUCGCGCCACCUUCACCAUAGGCUCCGCCGGCCGCCGGCCCAGCCAAGUGUUGCCCCAGGCCACGCCCCCUCCCAGUAACCACACCCCACUCUCCCAAACCACUCCCUCUUGUGUGAGUACGGUGCCAUGUGCUCUGAAUCCUGCGGUGAGCUCGUCGCUUUCCUCCAAACCGCAGUACCCGCCACCCUCCGACGGCCUGGACAACGGGCCCGGAGAGACCACCACUCUGCUCAGUGAGCAGCCAAACUGCGUGGGCCCCCGCCGGCCCAGUUACACCCAGCCCUCCCAGCAUAUUCACACCAUAAGUCACGCACACACUGAAAGCACCAUUUAACUCCGGUCCUCUUAGAAAGCCGUCGGUUCAACCUCCUUGCACUACUUCCUUCUCCUGUUGGCCGUUUCGGUUCUAAGCAACAUUGUUUCUAUGGGAACUAACAAAGGAUCAGCACAUCUCUACUCUCUGCCAUCUCCUCCUGCAUGUUCCUAUCCCAACACUGAACCCAUUACAGAGUGGGAACCAGAGGAUGGACCAGUCCAAUCAAAAAUAAAAAAUCUACCUUUGCAUUUAGUUUCAUCUGCACAGGUGACGGCAUGUCUGCCUCUGCCUGGGUACGGUGGAGGUAACUGGAAGAGAGAGUGUACACUGCCCCCCUGUGGUGGCGUGUUAGAUUGCUUUUCUUACAUACAAUCAUAAAUCAUGCAUCCAGUUGUUUAGUUUGAGCCCAGUAGCUUUCUACAAGUAGACACAAAAACCCAGCACCAUCAACCAGAGUUUUAAGGUGAUAGAGAUGCUUUUAACAAACAGCUUAUGAAUCAAAAACUGCAGGGCUGCCUCCUGUGUGGGUUUGUUUUUAUCCACUAGGGGGCAGAUUAUGACUUCAUGAAAUGAGAUCCAAAAUGCCUGUUAUAAAGUAGAUAUUUAUAUAUAAUUUAAAUUAUUUCAAUAAUGUUUUAAUAAUUUGUUAAAUAAAUGAUUAAAUGUGAAAUAACUGAUUAAAAAUGUAUUUAAAGAGGCAGUAUUAUCAUUUUAUAGCAUAAUCAGGUAACUAUGUAACUAACUUCAGUUUGAAAAAUGCUCUUUAUAUCAAAAUAUGAUUUAAAAGAAAUUUGACUUUGUUUCUUUAAAAAACUAAUGAUUUUUCUGUAACUCCACCUUCAGGAAGUCAUCACAACAUGGCUCCUCUAUUAACCCUUUAACUGGAAGAAAUGUAGUUAAUUGUUCUGUAGUCCCUGGUUUUGCAGAACAUCAUUAAUUUAUCAUUAUUUAUUAUAUCAGGAAGCAGAGCUAACCUUGCUAUAAAUGAGCCUUAUUGGGAUGUGGCUGAGCUGGUGUAAAGGUUAGCCAAUCAAAUGUUAGGACCUAUUUAAAGAGCCACAGUGGUGUUAAAGAAGUAAACACUAAAUAUUUAUGUUAUUUUAACACUUAAUAAAUGAAAGUUUUAUUUAAUUGUUACUAUAUAAUUGCAGUUUCCUGGCCAACUUUAAUCUUUGAAAAACCUGAUCUGCCAAUUCCAAUUUUUUGGGCAAUACCUUUUUCUUUUUUUUUGUUAUUGUCUGAAAACCUGUUAAGUAUAUUUAAAUAUUGGCCGAUCGUCGAUCUCCCAAAAUUAAGGAAUUUGACGCAUUUCUAAGUUCAACAUUUAAUUGCAUUUUUUAGAUAAAUUGCUCACACAUUAAUGUAGCUAUAGAUUACUGUUUAUGUUAAAUGAUAACAUAUAGAAAUGUUAUAGAACAAAUAAACUAUUUGAUUUCAAUUAUUUAGAUUUUUUCCUAAUGAGAUUCAACAGGGUUUAAAAUAAUCCAAGUUACCUCCACUGUAGUUUGGCCACAUACACACACACACAAAUAUAUAUAUAUAUAUCUAUAUAUAUAUAUGUAUGUAUAUAUAUGUAUAUAUAUAUAUAUAUAUAUAUAUAUAUAUAUAUUUAUUUAUUUAUUUAUUUAUUCAAUACCCAUUGUUCUUUUUUUUGGUAAUCAUUGCAGACUGACCUUUAACCUAUCCACUGGGAGAACUCAUGACUGCCGUGUCCCUGCCGGAGACGUUUCCAGUUAGUUGCAUUUAUUUAUUUCAUUGACAUUUUUUUUCCCCCCUUUGGUCCAAAGAUCGAAGCUUCCAAAGUUUAAGGCGUCAACGAUGGCGGUUUCAUUUACAAUAUGCAUGAUUUCAGGUUGGUCUCUUGCUCGUCUGUUCAUCUCAAUUUUCUGGUUUGAAUCUGGUCUUAAGAUUGCGUGAAGGAGUUGCAAAAACCAAUGCCUGUGUCAAUUCAGCUACCAGCAAAGUGACCAGAUUCACUGUAGCUGACAGCUCCUGCAGCAGGAAGUGAGAUCUAAAGCAGCACACCACCCAGGCUGCAUGUUUUAACCCAGAGAAAGUCAGACAGACGCCUGAGGAGCAUGCACACUGUUGGUUUUAUUACUUCUGUGUAAGUAUUCAGAAAAACUAAGACAUUCAGUGUGAAGCGUUUAACUUGAAAAUAACUAUUCUGAGUAGGGUUAGAGUAUGUGUAUUCUAACAUAUACAAAAAAUUAGAAUUUUACAUACAAUAAUGUAACUUUGAAAUCUAUAUUCAACAGUAAAGAUUAUUAUUAAGUUCUGUCUUAGUAGAAGUAUGUGUACAAUGCCGGCCACAUUCAUUUGCCACCCCUGGUAAAAAUGUGGUAAAAAAAAGAAACAAUAUUCUCGGAAAAAAUAUCAAAAGAUAAACAGCCUUUUAUUGGAAAAAGUGACUGUUGUUUUCCAGUAAAGCUCCAGGUGGGGCCUUUCUGGGAACUCCAACUUCCUCAUAGACACGAAAACAAAACAGAAAAAAAACCUCCAGCAAGUCAGUCUAAAAUGUCCUUUAGGUUUAUGAUUCUUUACCCCUGCAAUAUACUGGUAGCCAGUAGAGGGCGUACCUAGCAUGUUUACUUCUGGAUCUCCAUCCUGUUUGGACUAUGCUGCAGCAGAAUACAGAAUAUGAUCAAUUAAAUGCUAGCUUAAUAUGUUUGAAGAUAAAUAUUUAGUUUGUAACAAAAUAUCUGGCUUGCUAAUUAAAUAUUCAGUUUAGUCAGAAACGGUCACAUUCCUAAAUAAUUGAACAACAUUAUGAAAAUAUGACUUUGAAAAAUUAACACUCUUUUUUUUAAUUAUUUAAUAGACUUUAUUUAUUGUUAAUUUCUGACUGUGUAACUUUCCAAACGGCACCCCAUAGCACACUGCUGCCAUAAAUAAUCAUGUUAUUUGAAGGAUUUGUAUUUAUCUUCAACCUGCUGUAAAUGUGGUCGGUACUGUACCUACCUGGAAAUGUGGAAAAUCUGUACAAGUCUCCCCAGAACUAUUAGACUUCUUUCUUCAAACAGGAAGUCAUGACGAGCGGUCCCUGCCUGGGACCUGCAGAGUGCAAUAAAAAGUCAAAGUAGAUUAUGUUAAAGGGGUUGAAACCUGCAGGAACAGUGGUGUGGUGCCACAUCAAUGAUUUCCUUUCAGAGAGUUGUAUGCAAGUAUUCAUUUGUGUGAUGUUAUGUUUCUUCAUUCAUUUAACUUUGUUUUUUUUUUUUACAUAUAUUUGAAAGUGGUUUUAUUGUUUUGCUUUCUAACCGAGGGACGGCUUAUUUUACGUCUUCCACCGGAGAUCCCUCACUGUGAAUGGUUUGGUGGAGCUUUGGUUCCCUCUCAGAGAGGCGGCCCAACCUGACCCGGCCUGUUGCAUCUCGUCGUGUUUUAAAUGAUCUGCUGGGAUAGUCGCGGUUACAGAUUACACUCGGCUUCUGUCUUUAUUUAUUUCCACCGAGUUAGCUUAGGUUGCGGCUGUUUAAUGAUCAACAGCUCACCUGAAGACCAAAUAAGGAAGGAACUGGCCCUGCUCCCAGUUUAAUGUGCGUUCAUAACACAGCCGGCUGCUCUGCAGAAACUACGUGAUUCAAACCUGACCAAACUUUUGCCAGAAUAAGCUGAGCGUGGUUGGUGUCCAACAAAAAGCUCCUUACCAAAUAAACAGGGUUUUUUUUGUAACAGUGUGGCAUUUUGGGACCUACCCCUUUCCUCAGUGAGAGUUAAUGUGAAGGGCUUUACUGUCAUAAAGCUGUUGCAGUAGCUCGUUUAAAAAGAUCGGAGUCUUUUCUGUUGCAGCGUACAGUUAUUCCCUAAAUAACGGAUGUUUUGUCAUUCAUUUUUAUGCAUUUGUGAAAUCAAAUAAUUUAUUCCCUUGGUUUUUUGUGGUUCACAUUGUGAAAAUAGCUUUAAUUUGAUCUUCUGGUGUGUUCCGUUUCUACUCAGUAGUUGUCGUUUCUGAGUUUUAAGCAGUAAAAACAAAAGCAACUGGAGCGCCUGAAAUCAGAGCUUUGUUUUAAGUCAAUGUAAAAUUUUCAGCAUGGCUGCGAUGCUUAGAAAACUAUUUUUUAAAAGUGUAAGUUGUUUAUUUGCAUGUCUCAAGGUCUGCACAAUCUUUAACGCUGUAAUACACAUGUAGCGCGAGCAAGUGGCAAUAACGUUGGCAACUUAAAAUAAGAAAGAUCGUUGACGUCCACACUGCGGUUUGGUAGGUGGCAGUAAAAGCACCAACCGCCAAUAAAAAAAACUAAAUAGUAGGAAGAAAAAGAAGAAGCGCCCUCGCUCUUACAAGGUAACCAAACAAGAUAAAACAGAUGAGCUAAAAACAAUGCCUGGUUGCUUUUUAACCAGUCAAACAUUUCUUAUUGGAGCCACAAGCUAAUGGUGCGUUGCAUUGAAAGUCUGAAGUAGGAUUUUUGCAUCACACUCAACAGUUUUCCAGUUGCAGGUUGGAAAAUUAGGGAGAUUUGCUAACUGUAACUUUGCUAAGCGAUCUGCAGUUACCAAUACAACCAGAACAUUUUUUCCAAAUGUACUGGAUCACUGGCAUACAUUAAACUGUACCAUCUGUGCAACUGAUUAAAUGAGACCUAAGUGCUAAUAAAGAGGUUUUAGUGACGGCUGUCAUUGUAUUUUAUGUGAUUGGCAGCCAUAUUGGAUUCUAAGACUGAGUUUGAUUUUCCGAGUCAGAAUUCUGUUACAGUGCAUUUUUCUGGCUUGCAACUCAGAAACUCUGACUUCCGAGUACAUAUUGAAUGCACCACAAAUCUCCUACACUUCAACUUAAGUCUAGGACGUUUUGGUUCCAUCCAGGAUCUUAUCAAACGACAAUCUGUUCUUGCUUCUUGGCAGAACUGGAUCUCCAGAUCAGGAAUUCUGAAUUAGUUUGAAUAAAUGUGAACAGUCAAAGGAAACCCAGCAAAUAACUGGCACCAGGUAAAAUCAGUACUUGAAAAGGGAUUAACAGAACAGAACAAAUAGAGCAGGAGUUUUACAGAAAAAUGUAUUGUUUAAUGCUUGAAAGAGGUUUGAUAUGUGAACAUGUAUGUGUAGUAAAAGAAUCUAAAGGUGCAGAGGCCAGUGGGGAAGUUGGGAUGGAAACACUAGUAAAUCCGUUGUAAUGUGGACGCACUGUUAAAGCCUUGUUUCCACACAACCUUUAGGAUUUUGAUUGAUCUCAUAUGCUGUUAAAAUGUCCACCUUCUGUUCGCCUUGGUCUCCAAAUCACUUUGACUACACUAUAUGUUUAUGAAGCAAGUUUUUCAUUUUCCUUUUUUUUAACCACAAGAUUGCCUAACUACUGAGUUCCCAAAUUGAAUAAAAUGGGUUUUAUAAUAAUUCUUCACAAACUGAAAAACAAGUGGGCAAGAAUUUCUGUCUUGCACUUUUGGUUCAGUUCUGGAAAAAUGGCCCAUUUGUGUGGAAACAAGCCGGACCGCUGGCUGGACCCAGACCUGCGUCCACCUCACAGCAAGCAGCGAGACGCUGACCUGAACAUCAGGUCAUGCUAAGCUAGCGCAGUGGCUAACUGGAGUUCAAAAGACAACCCAUUCUCAAGUUCAUCCAACACAGUAGCAGCCAUCCCGUUAGAAGCUCCGCCCCCUGGCCUCAGAGAACCUUCCAGAACAUUUCAACAUGUCUGUAAAUGAUGCUUGUUCUGACUGCUUGUUCUGGAGAAUUUAGCUGUGACUGAAACAAAUGAAGCCAUUCAGUCCUCACUGCGUGCAGGUCUGAGUCUGAGUGUGUUUCUGAAGCUGCUGGUGUUUAUUCAAUAGGUUCGGGUCAUUUUACCAGUUUGUACUUUUGGAGUUUUGGUUGUUUUGUACACUGCUUGUUUAGCCAAGAAACGAGCCGUUAGCCAUGGGCUGCAUGGUACCAAACACAAAUAGUCGAUACCUGCCUCGGGGACUCGCUAUGACAACUGAUCAUUUAAAGAUCAUGUCUUUGAUCUACUUUUGUUGUACUUGAAGAAAAUUGAGUUUUGAGACUUCAAAGCACCCUGACAUUGAGUUAGACAGUUAGACUAAAUGUCUAAGUUAGACAGGAUCUAACUUAGAGCUACGUUAGCUUGAAGAAGGGUCAAAAUCGAUCAUACUUCAUAGAAACUAAAUGGUCCAAGAAGAGAUUACGUCCAUAACCAAUGGUAAUAGGAUGGAGUGUAAAGCCUUAAGGGGAAAAAAUACAAUUAAAUAAAAGUCUACAAGAAAUGUAAGAAUUUUUGAUGAUUUAUCUCCAGGAUUCAUCAAAAGUUCUAAACUAACAAAAUUAAACAAGCUUGAUAUGCCAUGAUCAAAUGGGUACAAAGUGGUUAGUUUAUGGAGGGAGUGUCCAAAGUGUGGCCCAGGGGCCAGUCGCCAUCUGCUUAUUUUUGUUUCACACGUAUAAAGCUGUUAAUCGACUGCAAAGGUAAACUAUUUUGUCAAUGACGGAUUUAUUUAAAAAGAGUUUUAAAAAAAACAACUUAUUUGAUAAAAUAGUUUUAUAAGCUAGCACUGAUGUAGAAAGUGUACAGUUUAGAGUUUUGUUGCAUACAUUUAAAAAUGGUUACUAUUUCAAAGCAUUUUUAUGUGAAAGUUCCAGAUGCUGGGUUAGCAGCUAGACAAAUUGGUAUCCUGUUCCAAGACCUUAUAGGCUCAAGGUUUACUGUGGCUGUCGUAAUAAAACAAAAAUCUGGUCAUUUUCUUCAUAUAAAGUUCUUGCUUCUUAAAGGAAAAGUUCCCCAAAAACCCUGCUGACCUUGGCAGGUUUUACUGGUCGGAUCAGGAAGUGCUUCCUCGUCCAACACAGAUUCAAACGCAGGUUAGAAAAAAUCCCAUCAGAAUUUUUUUUUAGCAUUUUGAAUACUGUUUAGGUAAUGCAGAGCAGUUUUACCUGCAGACAACGGCCUUGAAGAUGGAAGAAAUUGCUUCCACAGAAUCUUCAUUAUAGCAAGUAGUCUGUGUUGUUGCUACUAAGGCAGAUGUAUCUCUUUUCAUUUUACCAUGUAACCUUUAAAGACUUUAUGUGCUCCGGUUGAAACAUAGACCAAGAUUGUUUAAUUAGGGUAAAGAAACUCGGUCAACAUUGAGGAGUAUUUAAAGAUGGCGUCAGAAGACGCUUCCCAGCACUAAAGCAUCAUGAAGCUAGCUAGCUCUGAUACCACACAUCACAAGUAAUACAGAACUAAUACCCCAUCACACCACGGUGUAUAGACCACACACCUAGCAUGAAAGGAAACACUAGCUACGUUUCCAUUAACUGUAUAAUUUACCAAUUUCGGGGGGGGAAAUAUCGCACUUUUCAAAAAAUAGUUUUGGUGCUAGCAUGAGGUGGGUUAUGGCCGCAUCAAAAUCAGUUCAUCUCACAAAACUGCAAUGGAAACACAUUUUUCACAUUGCAAGAGUCACAUGAUCUACAACCGGAUGUUGCCACUGGUGUAAACCACAAAGAAAACGACGGGAAGAAGGUGGAGGAUGAUUGCGUAACAUGUUUCUUAAUGACUUAUUUCAUGAUCAAACUUGUCCAUGUGUGAUUUUAAUUACGUUUCUUAUUUAAAGGAAUCACCGCAUUUUCAAAAGUUUCGACGUUUGCAGAAUAUUGACAAAGUUUUUAAUAGAAACGCAGUUACUAAGACCGCAUGUUAAAUAGGUCUAAUCCUCAACUGAACAAUUUAACCUUUGACCAGCCAGCCAACCUUCAGCCAGGCUUCAUAGGGGCUCCUUUUCGCCUAGCUGUCUCCUAAAGUAAGAAUCCAGCUCUGGGAAAGUUCUCAUAAAAACCACUUGCACGUUCGAUGUCAUGCUAAAAUCACAGUGCCAUCUAGUGGCCUGUCAUAACAGCUACAGCUGACUCGAUGGGUCUUCAUGGGACUUUUUCCCAAUCAACAUCCGAAAAUACUGACAGUUUCCAGGCAACGGUGUCAUGUAAGCAUAGCCUGAAAGUGAAAAACAAAACAAAAAAACACUUUCCAUCUUUAUUCUCCAGCAUCCUCCAGACCGGAAGUUCGAUACCUGCACAAUAAAUGCAACAGAAUUAGCCUUACUUUGUGUUUUGGGUAGACCUGCCUGUUGGUUGGUAGCUCUCAUGUAGCUGUAGGUAGAACUGAUUUCUGGUGAAAGUCACUGGUUGGCUGCAGGAGUACCAGUUUGUGUGCUGGGAAAUGUGAAGACCUCCUUAGUAAAUAUGUAUUUAUUAUAAACAUGAUAUUUAUUUACUUUUUAUUUUUUGUGAUUAUGGAUCUGUGAAACGGGCUUCCAGCUGUGACCACAGCUUUUGAUGGGUUAUUUUGCCCAGAAACACUGUGUUCAGUUCCCUCAGUUAUGUUUGGGUUAUAUUAAUGUAAAUACUAUGUAUAUGAAAAGAUGCUGAGAAACGUAGAAAAAAAAAUAGAUCUAUUUAUUCUGAAAUGAAGUUUUAUUUCCAGUGUUGGAAGACAUUACAUGGCAAUAAACAUUGCACAGAGUUGACCUCAACUAACGAGUUG